UGGCGGUUGGGGGUGAUGCUGGGCACUCCCUGUGGAUACCAGGCACUGCAGCACUUUAUGGAGUAGCUGCAACGGAGGUGAUUUGCUGGAGCGGGUUAGGACGUUGAUUAUCUGACCACCCGUGGUUACAGACUUGCUUACGAUGGGGAACAGACUUUCGGAACAGACUCCGAUCCUGUCUGGUAUAUCACCGUUCCACGCUCUGCAUAUUGCCAUCUUGGGUUUGGACUGCGCCGGAAAGACAACGGUAUUGUACAGGUUACAGUUCAAUGAGUUCGUCAAUACCGUCCCCACCAAAGGAUUUAACACGGAGAAAAUCAAAGUGCCACUUAGUUCCAAGACUGUUACCUUUCACUUCUGGGACGUGGGGGGGCAGGAUAAGCUGCAGCCGCUGUGGAAAUCCUACACAAGGUGCACCGAUGGGAUUGUGUUUGUCGUGGACUCGGUGGACGCUGAACGGAUGGAGGAAGCGAAAACUGAAAUGUAUAAGAUUACAAAAAAUUCUGAGAACCAGGGCGUCCCCGUCCUUAUUGUAGCAAACAAGCAGGACCUCAGGAACUCUCUGUCGCUUUCGGAAAUCGAGAAGCUGCUGGCCUUAAAUGAACUUAGCUCAUCCACACCGUGGCAUCUCCAGCCCACCUGCGCCAUCAUUGGCGACGGGCUAAGGGAGGGGAUAGAAAACUAUAUGAUAUGAUCAUUAAGAGGCGGAAAAUGCUGAGACAGCAAAAGAAAAAAAAGAUGAAGAGGUCUUUGCAUUCUAGUAUGACAAAAAGUAUAUAUGUUAAACGUAGAC